AUGGAUUUUCAAAAUCGAGCUGGUGGUAAAACCGGAAGUGGAGGUGUCGCCUCGGCCUCCGAUGCCGGCGUCGAUCGGAGAGAACGGCUCAGGUUUACCUUUCUUUGAUUCCAGGAAGGAAUUUAGAUUUUAUACUUGUUUUUAUAGAAGUAUAUUUUUUUAGACUAUACAGGUAUUCAAUGAGUAAAUUUCAGGCAACUCGCCUUGGAAACGAUCGAUCUGCAGAAAGACCCCUACUUCAUGAGAAAUCACAUCGGAACCUAUGAGUGCAAACUUUGUCUGACACUUCACAACAAUGAGGGGUCCUACCUGGCCCACACCCAGGGCAAAAAACAUCAGGCCAACUUGGCCCGUCGUGCCGCCAAAGAAGCCUCGGAGACGCCCUUCCUCCCGGCUCCGCAGCAGAGCAAAGUCGAGGUCAAGAAGUUCGUCAAGAUCGGUCGGCCCGGUUAUAAGGUUCGUUCUAUAACAAGGAAAAUACAGAGAAAGUUUGGUAGUUUUAGAAAAAAAAUACUUUUUCACUUGAGCAUAAUCCUAAAUUAUGGAGAAAUAUGCGAAAAAAGGUCGUUGUUCUCCUAAAUUGUUCCUUGGCUUGGUCGAAACUCCCAAAAGUUUCUAAAAAAAAAAAGCUCAUUUUCCGAGCCAUAUUUGUUUUUUUGGAAGAUAUUUAACUUAAAAAAUGCGCAGAAAUCACUCUAUGAAGUGAUGACUUCAGGUUUCGAACGAUUUCCGGGAAUUUUCGUAGCAUGAUUUUCAAGGUUUUUUGUUUUUAUUAUUUUUUUUUUGAAGUGAAUAUUUUUUUUCAAAUUAGAAUGCUUGCACAGCUCGAAAACGUAACAAAAAGGCUGGAUCUUCACUUUUUUCGUUCAAAAAAUCUCCAGAAAACUUUUCCAACUUGAAUUUUGUCCGCUUUCGUAUUCAGAAAGAAUUCAGCAGUGGUAAAUUACUCAACUGGCCGAUUCUUAAAAAAAUUUCAAAGACCUCCCUUUUUAACUAGUUAGGUUCGACUGAGUUGAUCUAUAAAAUUGUUAUAAAAAACGUCAUCCCAUUAUAUUGCUGAGUUGAAAGCGCGAUUUAAGGUAACUCGUGAACGAGACCCGGGAACUGGACAACAGGCCCUGCUUUUCCAAGUUGAUUACCCGGAAAUUACGGAAGGAAUCGCCCCGAGACACCGUUUCAUGUCCGCCUAUGAGCAGAAGAUCCAGGUGCAAUUAUUUGUUCAUCUAAUAAUUUCCGUCAUUUUUCAGCCCCCAGACAAAAAAUGGCAGUAUUUGCUCUUCGCCGCCGAACCCUACGAAACGAUCGCCUUCAAAAUUCCGUCCAGGUUUCGAAAAAUAUGUUUCUCUGAUUUAUUUUUGAACUCCUUACAGAGAAAUCGACAAAUCGGAAAAGUUCUGGACGAUGUGGAACAAGGACACGAAGCAGUUCUUCCUACAGGUAAUUCAAUUAUGUCUCGAAAGAUUUUCUUUGGAAAUUUUGCAUUUGAAGAUAGACGACGAAAAUAAUUUUUAAAGGAUUUUUUUCAACUUCUCUGCUGAUAUUUUUCAAAUUUUCUCAUAAGCGCCAUCUUUGCAGUAAAUAAAAAGUUGAAAUUGUAAUUUCAUGGUAAAAUUUGGAAUCCAAAAAUUGUUUUUUUUUUUAUCUCAAAGUCUCUGAUGUUCAAUUAUUUUGAGUUUCUAUUCAAAAAUCCGAGUUUGGAAAUACGGGUAAGUCUUUUUCUUUCCAUAUUUUUUUCUAUUUACCUUAACUCUUGCUUUGGAACCAUAAUUUCAUAACUGAAUUAUUCAGAGAGCCUUUUCGAAAAAAGUUUUUGUUGAAAAUGUUUCUGGAAACUGAGAAUAAAUAGGUUUUGUCCGCUACUUCAAGCAAACGAUUUUGAUAAUUUGCGAAAAAAUUUUCCCUUUGAAAAAAAUCGUAUCGAGACUUAAAAUUUUUUUCGGAAGAAAUUGAUCAGUCAUCUGCUACUAUGAAAAAAAUAGUUAGUUCAAAGAAAUUGAAAAAUUCUAAUUUUUUUUCGAGAGCUUUGAAAUUUUUUUCACAAGCUUCCUCGGCAGUUUUUGAGACCAGAUUCGAAAUCAGCGAGAAAAAAACCCUUAGAAAAAUAUUUUCUAACUCAGUAAUUGCGUCCGCAGACCAUUCCCUAGUCAGAAAAACGGUUCAAAAACUUUGAAACCUUUCCAGGUGGCGUUCCGAAACGAAGGAAGACACGACGAUCUUCCGCCGGCACCACCAGGCAUGCAAAUGUACAUGCAAUAUUGA